AUGGACGGACUUAAAGCCGAGAAGAUUGCCCUGGCAAAGAAAAAGUUGAAAGAAUUCGAGCUUCGACGAAAUCGAGAAAACGGUUUUUCGCCAACUCCAUCGGGAACCUCUUCCACCUACAAUGAUCAACUUGGAUCGGCGCCACCUUCUUUUCAAUCGGAUCGAAAUGGCAGAACAUCGGUAACAAGCAAUCAUUCUGGAAACGUGGAGACUCUCGAUGCAGGUCCUGUAGCUCAUUUUGAGGGAAGAAAUGGUAUUCACAAUUCGGAUACAAUAAUUUCUAUUCCGUCAAUUCUUCCGACUGCUUGUCCAUCUUCUUCAAAUCUCGAACUAGAGAAUUUGCGUGUCCAACUACAAGAUCGUGAUCAAGCCCUGCAAAGUUUGAACAAGCAAUUGGAAGAACUGAAUGGAUACUACGGUCAACUACAUGCAGCAUACACUGAAUUGAGCGCAAAAAAUGUGAACAUAUCAGGUCCCGGGGAUCAAAUCGCACAACUUCAAGCGGCACUUUCUGGUCUUGUUGCUGAGAAAACUGGUCUUCAAGCAGAGCUACGGAAUGCAAAAGAAGAGCUUGAGUUUUUGAAACACGAGUUAGAUCGAAUAAACGCUACAUCUUCAAAUGAAAAGGAUAGAAAUGUCAACGUUGAACGGGAGUUGAACACUUUGAGGCGGGAGCUUGACGAUAAAAAUAGGCUUCUUGAAAAAAGAUUGGAAGAACUGGAGAGCGAGAGAAGGGAAUCGGCACGAAUUCAAACUCAAAUGUUGACUCUGCAACAUGAUCGAAACGAGGCUCAAGUUCGAUUGAAGAACAUCUAUCGAGAUAAAGAAGCUAUGGAAAAUGAAUUGAAGAAUUUGCGAAAAGAAUGUCAGAUGAAAGACCUUCAUAUAAUGCAAUUAUCAUCGCACAAUUCACAAAGAGACCUUACAUCUCCGAUAGCUAACGAAGAAUGGAUAAAUCUACAAGCUGAAUGUGAGAAAUUUCGUCAUGACGUAGAGAGGCUUUCUGCAGAGCUUGAAGAAGCUAAGAGAGAAGUCAAUGAAUCUCGGACACAAUACAAUGAAUAUGGAACAUACAUGAACGAAAAUAUUGCUAGAUUAAACAAGGAACUUGAUGAAUCUUCAUUGGCGAAACAUACUCUGGAGACGCGCUUAAAUGAGGUGGAAAACCAGCUCGAAUUGGCACAACAGGAAAAAGCUGAGAAUCGGAAGAAACUCGAUAGCCAGAGAGCUUCCCCAAGUUUACAGGGUUCAUCUCAAAAUCUAAUUCCAAGUGAUACCGAGGUUUUAAAGAAGAUUGAUGAUGCGGUACGCCGUGUCACCACUCAUUGGGAACAACUCUUAGAGCAAGCGAGAAAAGAAUAUGAAGAUGGGAACAAAGAAAAGGAUCGGCUACUAUUUGAGCGAGAAGCAUCAAUAGCUGAGUUACAACUGAAACUGCGGCUAUCUGCAGAAAAUGAAAAAGUUUAUGGAGAUGCUUCAACUGGGCUACUUUCACUUUCGGAGCAACUACAAGCAGAAAAAGCCACAGUGUCACGCGCUGUCGCCCAGAAUAGAGAGUUGAAAGAACAGCUAAUUACAACAGAAGAUCGUUUGAUUCAAUUAACAGGAGAGAAAUGUGCAACAGAACUCUCUCGUCAAACCGCGGAACAUCAAGUUAAAGAGUUGCAAAAACAAUUGGAACAGACGUCUUCAUCUCGUUCACACUCUUUCUCCCCACAAGCACAAGAAGGCGAUAACAAUGCAUCAGCUGUUGUUGCACAACCGGAACCUCCUCUUGGUAAAGAUCCUUAUGCGCAGCGGAACCACGUGAUGCACGAUGAUGAGGUUUCUAUUGCCUCUGAAGCUAUAAACAACGAUAGCCAAGAUUUGAAAAAUGAAUUGGACGAGACGAGAAGACAAUUGGAUGAGGUUAGAGCUGAGUUGCGCCGAUCACAUACACAAAAUGAACAGAUGAAUCAAAUCAUGCGCCAGAACGCUGAAGAUGAGAAUCAAAAUAGCAUUCUUGUGGAAUUGGGACAAGCGAUUUCUCGUGUAAAUGCACUCGCUCACGAGAACGAGACUUUGAGGGAACAAGUUGAAAGCCUCCGCUUCUCGCAAAACGAGCAGAAAAACCAACAAUCCUCAAGUUCAUCAUCCAGUUUUCUACCUCAAGAGGUUAACAAUCUGGAGCUAGAAGCUGCUACAACAAUGAUACAUCAGCUCCGUCAAAAUAAUGAAGAUCUAUCAGAAAAGGUGGAUCAUCUUACUCGUCUUUUAACGGAAGCUCAUUCUCAUCUCGAAAGCACCCGAAUAGAAGAACGAACAAAUUCUCAACAGCGCGAUGUACCACCAAUUUCUCCACUACACGAAAAGCUAACUUUGAACAAUACACAGGAAGUUGGCUCUAUGGAAUGGGCAAGAAUUGAACUUGAAAAGCGCUUUGCGGAAUCAAUGCGGCGUUUAGCUGAAAUGCAAGAACAGUGUGAUAGAGUCGAACAUAUAAACCAACAGCUUCAAUUGGAGAAUGAAACUAUUGCCGACCAUGUUGUACUGUAUCAACAUCAGCGACGCUUGAUUCGUGAACGUCUUCGUCUGAAAGACGAACAAAUGGCGGCCCUUGAGAAGGAGCGUGAACGCGUUGUGGCUAGAUGUAAUGAACUACAGCAAGCACUUAUGCAUGUCUUGGGCAAUGAUCGGAAUGAGGUACCGGCGUUCCGUCCCCGCUUAUACAGCCAUUCAACGGUGGACGAAUUCAGUGGAGAUGAAGAGUGCAUUGUUGACAGUGCAAAAGAGAAUUCUCAAUCCCUUCCGCCAAAUGUUCAUCAUUCACCAGAAACCAAUGGUCAAAAAGAAAUUCGAUCAACUGAAGAGAAUUCACCACCGACUGAUUGGACAAAUCGCGAAGAUGCGGUGAAGAAAAUCAUGGACAUCAUCGACGAUAUAAAGAAACCGUCCAUGCCUUUGUCUUCAGUUAAACUGCAGUGUAAACAGUGUAUCGGACCCGUUCUACAUCUU